UGUAACAGGGAAAAUCGAACUUCCCGGGGUCAUUAUCGACCCCGAUAAUUGACGCACGGUAGGUAAGGGUUUUCCCUUACUUUUCGAUUUUUGACAAGAGUUUCGACUUGUCACCGGGCGUGCUAAUCAAGAUUCCCCACUACUGUUCCCGGAAAAUGAAGCGGGGCGUAACAAUAGGAAAGUUCGAGAGCCUGAGCUGAGGGUUAUAAAAGAGCGAGCACGAAAAACAUCGAGGCUUUUUCCCUUCUGGAAGCCAGUGGCCUUUUGCCUUUUGUGAAUCAGUGACCUUGUUGAGAUUAGAUAAGUCAAGAGAGUGCAGUUUUGAACGCCGACGAUAGAAAGCAACUACUGAGGAGUUUAUUACGGUAUUUGGAAUUGGACAAGUCCUGACCGGAAGCUAACAUAGUGGUUUGAGACGACAAGACGUCAAGCGGCGGAGCCAGCCAAGUUGGACCGGGGUAUCAGUCGUCGUUGGAUAAAACAAUAAUUGAGUCUCUAGAUUGAAAAGAGACAUCAGAUAAGAAUGACUUAUUCAAACAUGGCAAACACACAGUUAGAUGGACGUAGAAUGUCUGCAGGCCAUGUGCAAGGCCGGAUUAAUUCCAUGGCUAACCCGGGCUCGACAGACAUAUUUCUAUCAAUACCAACGUUGUCAACAGCUACAACUACGACUUCAACAGUCACAACUACGAUGAGUAGCAGAGUCUCCGAUAACUCAACAGUUCAGCGUUCCUCACAGGCCAACAAUGAGUUACUCCAACAGAGUACUCCGGCUGGAGGCGCUUUCCAAAACAGGAACCAAUACUUUGCACCACCAGGGGACCGUCGUUCAGAGGAAAUUAAUUUACCCCCUGAGAUGCAAAGAACUUUUAACCGUUUAGACCAAGCGACAGAAACAGUACGUCGAAUGAGUACUGAACAGAGGACUAUAAAUCAAGAAAAUUCUCUAGCCAUUACUCGUCUGUCGCAGAUAUUGGAGGAUGUGGUUCAUUCUCAACGUGAUUUGAUGAACAGAAUUGGCAGCCGUGACAAUUCCGUAUGGUCAAAUUCUCCAGUUGAUUUCAACAUUACUGACUGUCAACUACGGGGUACAACCCUAGCCCCUCCGGGUCAAGGUUUGGCAGGGGGGGAUGGAACAGCUCAUCCGUCGGGUCCGAGAAAUCAACCGGAGAAUAACAGAGACAGGACUGAGGCUGAGCAAAAUAUUCCUCUAUCAGAAAGGAUCAAUUUCCUCAAUCACCGACUGAAUCAGCUUCACCUUUCCCAGAAUCAACAACAGACAGGUGCACGAGGUGACUCUUCGUUUCAUAACCGAGAUAGUUUUGGACGAAGGUCAGGCCACGACUCCCAAGGCCAAUACACAGGGCCGGGGAUGGCUCUACCUCCGUUCCAAAGUCCAUACCAAAAUUUGAACAGAGGCACCAGGUACUUUAUGCACGAAAGAAGGCGCAAAGAUAUUUUAUCAAGUCUGAAGCUUGGUAACCUGAUCUUUCCACAAGAUAGAAUGUCUGUCGAAGAAUUUCUGCAUGCGGUCGAGAGCAGAGCACACCGUGAAGGCUGGACAGAAGACGAAGUCCUGGGUUCCAUGGGGUACAUACUCCGAGGAACACCAGCACGCUGGUUUGAUAACAACUACCAGCGCUGGGGUUCUUAUACUCAAUUCAAGAUGGAAUUCCGCAAGGCUUUUGGUAGUGCAAUGACAGAUUACCAAAUAAUUCACGAUAUUGGUAAACUGAGGAUGAAACCCGGGGAAAAUUUCACGGAGUUUGUGUUAAAGGUUCAGCAAAAAUAUUUGACCAUGAUGAGUCCUCCAUCCAUAGAGGAUCAAGUGACAAAUAUUAGAAACUAUCUAACUGAUGAACUGCGAACUCUGGUUUUCUCUAGGCCGGUAUACUCAUACGAAGACCUUUUGAACGCUCUGCAUGAAGCCUCGAGGUGCAUCGAAGAAGCUGGACAGUCUUGUCAGACUCAAGAAACAGUAAAGCCCCAGGAGAAGACAAAGGUUGGGGUGAUUGGGCCUACAGUCGAAAAAGGGAGCUGCCAGGAAGAAGAGUUGGAACUAUCAGGCUACAGAACUCCAACCACAUCGUACGAUAAUAAGUAUGGGGUUCAGGUGAGAACAAACCAGAACCAUUAUCGGCAGCCUCAUAGAUUUCAGACUCCAAGAAUUCCCAGGCCGUGUUACAACUGUGGUGUUCCUGGACACUCCUUUGUGGGUUGCGAAAACCCUAGACAAGAUGUCUGUAACAAUUGUCUCAAAAGUGGUCACACUCGACAAAACUGUCCGCUGUUGACAAUCGAUAACCGUAGGAAAAGCUCUUUGGAUAGUGUAAACUCUAGUGAGCAGUGUAAUGAUCCCAGAACUGAAAAUGAACGGAAAACCCACUUACACCUGUCCCUAGUUCCCCGUCGGUUCAGUUCGUUCAAGGAGCAGCAAUGGGGUCUAGUGAGGGUUCGAUAAAUGUUGAGACAUCUGGCUGCUCAGAGCUAAGACAGGCUUUUAAGCUACCUUGCUCUGAUUCAGGCCCAUCAACAUCAUCUGCGGCAUAGUCUAUGGACACAGUUAACUUCAAUCAACGCAUCUCUUUGGCCAGAAGAUCAACCAGCAAUUAUAAAACAGGGCAGUAGGCUAUUUGAUGAUCCUAGUUGUACUAUAAUUAACACUGAUAGUAAGACUUAUACUAAUUGUACUCUAUUUUCUUUAGCAGGGAAUCAGGAGAGCAAUGAACCUGUAAUUUUGAUGGAAAAUGAACUGGACCUAGGUUUUGAAGUUGAGAAUGACAAGACCCAUCUGUGGUCCCAGAACACAGGCCCUGGAGGCUGGUCCUCGAAUCAAGAGGCCCCUAAUAACACACUGGAAACGUCAUCUAGGGCAGCUUUCAUUCCUAGAAUGCUCUAGAGUGAAUCUUCGUCAACGAAGGUCAACUCCAAGCUAGCUGAAAGAAAGGUUUUCAUCUCAGGAACAGGUCCAAGGCCUCCAAUAGUUACGGCUAAGAUCCCUGUGUCCUUGUGGAUAUUUGGAGUCACUCUGAAUGGUAUCUUGGACACUGGUAGUAAGAGAUCAUAUAUUAACAGCAAGAUAUAUGAUGAUUUAAAAGAACUUGCUUCGGGUGAACUUAGGACGGACGAAACUAAGGAACAAGUUGCGGGGAACAAUAUCUAAGUGUUCUUGAUAACCUCAGUCACCCAAUAGUUUUGGGUAUGGACUUCGCUCUCCAGUUUGAGGUCAUAAUAGACGGCAAGAACAAAACCUGGCACUUCAAUGGAAGUCGAGAACUACAUCCGUUCGAGUCGGUUUAUUUUGAAGAAAGACACCCAGAUUCCGGUGUAACCACGACGGAGCAAGACCAAGACUCCCAGGAAUAUUUCAGACGUGAGUCGAAAAAGUUCAGGGACUUAUCAAUCCAGGGACUCACGAAUAUUAUUGGAGAUGAGAUAAUAUUGAAACCCGAGGCUAUUCCGGUAAGGGGUGUCAGG